AUGUCGAGAAAUGUUGGUGUUCUCGGACAAAUGUCGGAGAUUAACGAUCAUCUCUACCUAUCUGGAGCCGGAGUUUUGAAGCCGGAGAAGAUAAAACAGAGGAAGAUUAAUAUGAUUGUGAAUGCGACUACUGAGGAACCAUCCACUUAUAUGCAAGGAGUCGAUACUAUGAAGAUUCGUAUCGAGGAUCAUCCGUACGCUAGACUCAGUGAGCAUUUCGAUGUGGUUGCUGAUAAGAUUCGUAAUGUUAAGGAAAGAGGAGGAAAGACACUGGUUCAUUGUAUGGCGGGAGUAUCUCGAUCCGCCUCAUUGGUGAUGAUUUAUUUGGUGAAACACGAGCAUAUGACACUCCGACAAGCAUAUCAUUACGUCAAAGCAGCUCGUCCGAUCAUUCGUCCGAACGUCGGAUUCUGGAAGCAGAUGGUCGAUUAUGAGAAGCGUCUUCGGGGAACUGCAUCGAUCAAAAUGGUUCAGACGCCGGAAUGUGAUAUGCCGAUUCCAGAUAUUUAUGUGGAUGACUUGAGAAGAAUGCAGAUCAGUCGGGAGAUUGCAAGACAUUCGUUGCCUUCCGCUCAGACGCCAUCCACUAAACAGAGAGCUUUCUCCGCUAGCACAUACCGCCCGUCAUCAGUCUCCACCGGAUCCUCUUCCCUCGCCUCAUCAUCUCUCCGUCGUGCCUACAGUCCAUCGUCUCUUCCAGCAUCUAGUCUUGCUCUCACCACAUCUUACAGUCUCUUCUCUCCAGCACCCACCAGAAAACCACGUCAAAGUCUCUUCUCAAUGUAUUCCACUGCGCCACGUCACAACUUUUUCUCGGCGUUCUAA